GUGACAGACGAAUGGUGUGUACAUCCUGUCAGUCGACUUGCGAGCUUCUGAUGCAGCUAGGAGAUUGAACACCUGAACAACUACGUUUAGAGCAUACUUUUUCACUGCAUUCACGGCCAAUUUUGGUUAGAUACAUAUAAUCUAAGACAAGGCAUGGAACUCGCAUUAGAAGAGCGUCCAAUAGAGGCCGAAGUAAAACGCUCCUACGAGAAAGCAAAUGGCGACGAAAAAGAUGCCUCCGAUCCAACAACACCAGUGUUUGCGCCCACCAGAAUUAAAUUUCCAAAGCAUAUUCACACUCCAAUUGACGACCAGUUCCAUGAAAUAGCCGACACGAUUUUCAACAGAAGUCGUAGUGGUACAAACCCAAUAGGUAGCAGUGAAAUCUCAGCUCCCUAUGAAAUUCCGCAGUACCCUAUUGAAGAACAGGAAACCAAGAACUAUUUUGAGAGACAAAUAAGCUUCAGUGGGACCCAAUUGAAGGGCACACCCAGUCAAUUUGGGGCACCUGUGGAGACAUCCUUUAGCAUAUCCAAGACCCCUUAUGUACAGGUUGUUCCCCCUGCGGCAGACUUCAGCCCUGACAUUGAGGACUUAGUGCCCACCUUCCAGCGAGUGCAUGUCAGUGGAGAGGACACCAGUGGGGUGCCCCUCAAAGAUUUACAGCAUGCAUCUAAGAGCCUGGUAAAGGCUCUUACUAUCAGAGAGAAAUACAUGGCCCUGUCACAGCAGAGCUUUCCUAAGAUCACAGCACGCUUUCUUCAAUCCUUACACAGUGGACAGAAGUUUCAAGGCAUGUUUGAACAGCUGGACUCUGAGGACAGAAAACUCACUGAUGAAGAUGAAGUUGAUGGUGUGAUGUACUAUGACAUCCGAGAGCAGCCAAGGCCUGUUUGGUCAGCAAGCAAGGAUUUCUCGUCUGGAGAAGGAAAUCACCCCAUCCACCCCCCACGGACUGAUGGAAAUCCCUUCAUAAGCGAGCUGCCUCCUGGUGUGGGAUGUCAGCUAAAGAUGAAGGAUGGAGUAAUGUAUGUGUAUCAGGAUGCUGACCAUUUGGGCAAGGAGAAGCCUAUAGAGUUUCCCUACACAGACCUACAGACCUUCCUUGAUGAUCAGAACAUGAUGUAUGCCUUCAUUAGCGAUGGACCACUGAAGUCAUUUUGCUACCGAAGACUAUCAUACUUGUCAUCUAAGUACCAACUUCACACAUUAUUGAACGAACUGAAGGAGUCUGCAGAACAGAAAGCUGUUCCACAUAGAGAUUUCUACAACAUCAGGAAGGUGGAUACCCACGUGCAUGCGUCAUCCUGUAUGAACCAGAAGCACCUGUUGAGGUUCAUCAAGAAGACCAUGAGGACCCAUGCUAAUGAUCAGGUAUACAAGGAUAAGAGUGGCGAGGUGCUCACUCUUCAGCAGGUUUUCGAGACCCUCAACCUGACUCCAUAUGACCUCAAUGUGGAUAUGUUGGAUGUCCAUGCUGACCGCAACACAUUCCACCGCUUUGAUAAAUUCAAUGCGAAAUAUAAUCCUAUUGGCGAGAGCAGGUUACGAGAGAUCUUCAUUAAAACUGACAACUACAUUGGAGGAAAAUACUUCGCUCAUGUAAUAAAGGAGGUAAUGAAUGACCUGGAAGAGUUCAAAUACCAGAAUGCUGAAUAUCGUUUGUCUAUAUACGGUCGAUCUCGUGAUGAGUGGGAUAACCUGGCAAAGUGGGCAGUAAACCACAAUGUCCACUCUGACCAUGUCCGCUGGCUUAUCCAGGUACCCAGGCUCUAUGAUGUCUUCAAGUCAAACAAACUAGUUAAAAAUUUCCAACAGAUCCUAGAGAACAUCUUCCUCCCAAUCUUUGAGGUCACAAAUGAUCCAUCAUCACAUCCAGAGCUUCAUCAGUUCCUGCAAUAUGUGACUGGUUUUGACUCUGUAGAUGAUGAGUCUAAGGCCGAGAACAUCAUGUUUGACUCGGAAACCCCUCUGCCUCCAGACUGGGACAUGGAGGAAAACCCUCCUUAUAACUAUUACAUCUACUACAUGUAUGCCAACAUCACUGUGCUUAACCACUUCAGAAGAGAGCGAGGCAUGUCUACCUUCACACUGCGGCCUCACUCUGGAGAGGCUGGCAAUGUGACUCACCUGGUGUCUGGGUUCAUGCUGGCUGAGAACAUCUCCCAUGGCUUGUUACUGAGAAAGGUUCCAGUCCUUCAGUACCUUUACUACCUGGCCCAGGUGGGGGUGGCCAUGUCACCCCUCAGUAACAACUCCCUCUUCCUUAGUUACCACCGAAAUCCCCUUCCUGAAUACUUUGCACGGGGAUUGAAUGUUUCUCUUUCCACUGAUGACCCGUUACAGUUUCACUUCACAAAGGAGCCACUCAUGGAGGAGUACAGUAUUGCAGCUCAGGUGUGGAAACUGAGUACCUGUGACAUGUGUGAAAUAGCCCGUAACAGUGUACUACAGAGUGGAUUUGCCCAUGAGGUAAAACAGCACUGGCUGGGCCUGAACUACACCAGGGAAGGGGUGGUGGGAAAUGAUGUGAGCAGAACCAAUGUCCCUGAUAUUCGGGCAGCCUACCGAUACGAAACCCUCGUCAAUGAGCUGAAGGCUAUCUAUCAGGGGAAUAAAGUCUUGAACACUCCAAGCCCAUUCCCGGACAAGAAACUGUAGUCAAAUUAAUAGCCAAACAGAUGUCAUGGAGAGAUACGCACAUUGGACAUUGUAGGAUGACCUGAAGUCUGAAGCUUGUGUGUGACAUCAUGAAUACAGAAAUGUGGUUGAGCUGUUAUAUGUGAUGAACAGGUGGUUUUAUUCUAUGUACUAUGUAGAAGUUUACUAUCAUGUUAAAAGAUAAACCGGGUAAUUAUAUCUGUGUUUAGAGAAUUCCUAAACAAGGUUGUUUUUGUUUUCACACAAUUCUUCGUUCAGCCACUAAGUGAAACUUUGAAGUGUUGAUCCUUGUAACUUCUAGUAUGUGGUUGAAAUUGAUAGUUUGCAAAGUUAGAACCUGAUUUUACAGUAAAAUUGUUAAAAUUUGCUGUUACUGGUUCUUGUAUACAUACAUUGCACAAGUGUCCAAGGAAAGUAGACCUACAGAUGAAUUUUGGGGGGGUUUGAACUCUACUACGCAAUAUUUAGAAAUCCAUAAACUGCAUAGUCAGUGCUACCUAAAUUUAUAGAUUUUGUCUGGAACAAUUUCUGUGUGUUUUACAACCUGCACUGUUUUUCUGUUUUCUUUUUUUUUUGUCUCAUUAGUUAUAUGUUUCCUCAGAACAGAUCUGAUCUAAGGAUACUCCCUGUCUUGAUACACAGAAAACUCUGUGUAUCACGUGGCCCUUCAUCGCUGAAGUUCACAACUUCUAUUUGUUAUAGGCUACUGCUUAGACUAUUAUACGGAAAAUACUUUCGACAUUAGAGAGUUAGAGUAAACAUGAUGUCACCUUGCUCUUGAUAAUGGAGGCGUGCUGAAGCUGUGUCAAGAUGAAGUUUCACUAAACUUUUAGUGGGUUGUAACAAAUCUGAAAAAACAUUUAAUGCUGGUUUAAGAUACUUUGAAUUGUAGUCUUUCAGUGGACAUAAACAUUUGUCAGGUGCUGUCUUUCCCUUUAAUAUAUGACGUACACUUGUGGUAUUAUUUCUGUUUAUGACAGUUUUUUAAUCACGGUUAAUACAGUUCUUAGAUAUGUAAAAUUGAGACUGACUUUGUGUUGUAUGUGUCAUUUAUUGAAGAUUGUCUCAGAGUGAAGUGGUCUUCAGUGUUGUCAGGAUAUAUUUACUUAGAAUGUAAGGACCUUGAAGAAUUCAAAUUCAGUGUCCAACUAUGUUGAUGAAAAAUAUUGCAGGUCAUCCCAUCAUAGUUAUUAAGAGAGUUUAAACUUUAUGUUUUUAUAUCAUGUAAAUGUAGAGCUCAGAGAUGUGAUAGGGAUGAUUACUGAUAAAGGAAACUGCCAUCAGAUCAAAGAGUAGGAAAAUGAGUAUUAUAUUCUAGUCUUCCCAAAGUUGUCUCCCCUGUCUUGUACUUCAUCUUUGCUCCCGGUUCUCAGCGUGACUCCUGUAAUAGCCUGUCUGAUAAAUAUGUGUAAUUGGAAUGUGAUGUAGAAGUCUAAUAUUACCUUUCAGAUAUUAUUUUGAUCGUGCUACAUUCUGUCGUUUUCACAGCUCUGAACAGCAGGUGAUAAAAUCAAAGUUCAGGACAAGUACUUCAGGUAUAUACUAGACUUCCUAAAUCCAUUUCUCACAAAGAAUUUUAGCCCUAGAUACAUGUACCUUAAUGCACUUUUACAAUUUGAAUUAGCUGCUUAUGAUACUAAAUGUACAUGCAUUCAAGAUGUCUCAUGUAUGGAACACUCUCCAUCGGUAUUUAAAACAAAGACUUGCACAGCUAGGCUGGUUCAAUCUUGUCUAAGUCUGUAGGCAAACCUGUGUGAAUUUUAUUCAAGAUAUAUAUAGUCAUAUCUCUAGGAUUCCCAUAUUCCCAGACACUAGAUGUGUACUGUUUACAGUUUGUUAUGUAUUUAGCUGUUCCAAAGAAUAUUAGAUAUGCAGGUAUAUUUAUGUAAGUAUUUGUGUUCAGUUUUAAUAGCCUGGUUCACUGAUCCGUCCUGCACUUCGCACAUUCAGUAUACAAGCAUGGUGCUUCACAGCCAUUAUUAGGUAAAAUUUUGGGUAAAUAUAAAUGCCACAGCUACAACCAGCAAAACUACCAUGGUCACAAGCAAAUUUAUGUCUAGUCAUUGAAAUGGCUAUUAAUGAGGAAAUGUUUAUGAUAUACAUGUGGUAUUGUUUUGUUUGAAUAAGUACAUUAAGUAAUUAUUCAGGUAUUAAUAUAUCAGGAUAAUCCUAUAAAUAUACUGGUAAUGUAUAUUUAAUUAUGUUACAUGUAUAAAACAAACUCUGGUGGCCAGGAUGUCUUCUGCUUGAAACAACCCUAGCUAAUUGGGCCCUAGCUGUUAUUUUUGCCCCCCAGGGGGUGGUGGCAUCAGGGAUGAGGGCUGACUGAAACUUCAGAAUUAUGUUAUGUUACUCGGAUGGGAAAUAUUGUUAAUUGCCCAGCUCUAAUUUCUUACCAGUAAGGGGUUGAUGGCGCAGCCUGAUGCAUAUGCUAUAUACUCUUUUUUUUUAAAACGGGCUCUAAAUUUGAAUUUAUGUUUGGCAACAAAUGUGUAGAAAAGAAAAUAUGUCUUUCAUAUUGAUAUGUAUGAUUCCCUAUUUGCUAUUUUUUGCAUGUUUUUUUUUCUAUUCGUUAACAAUGAAUUGUGGGGUGCUGCAUUAAGGUUGAUCACAUUUCAGGUGAUACAACUUCACGAAGAAUAUGCCUCUGAGAUUACAGAGUACAGGAGUGGCCUUACACGUGUAAAAUCUGUUUUGAAAUGACAUUUACCACACAUGAUGCUAUCCUUUGUUAUAGCAUCUCAUGCAGAUUUAGUUUAGGCAUGUGUUUGCGGUUGUGUGUGCUGAACUGGUACAAUAUUUACCAAAGUGUUCCAUGUCUUUGCUAAACAAGUCUAUAUUGUGAUAAGUAUAAAUUAUAAUCUAUAUAUAAAUGUGUAUUAUAUGUAUAUAAAUGGUUGUACACAGUUUUGAAAAAGUGUGUUUUUACUCAAUGAAUACUAGUAAACCUUGGUUGAUACAGUGUUCAGUGGUGUUUUGUUUGUUUCAGUAUUUGUUCUGUAGAUGCCUAAGGAUAUGGUCAUUGAAAUUUGUUUGUCCCAUGGUGGAUCUUGAGGAAACAUUAAACAUGAUACAA